GACGCGGUGGGUCGGGCUCUUCCCAAGUGCCACGUUCGUAUCGUGGCUUUCUUGUCUUGUCACACUCGUUGGAGCGGUGGGUUCUGAGGUGGUGCGGUGUGUGGCCAGCCGGUUCGUUUUAGAAACUCGUGGACUCCGUUGUUCUACGAAGAAAGAAACAUGAUUUCUCUAAGGUUAAUCGGCCUACUGUGCUUCUUAGCGGCGGUCAGCUGCGAAGACUACGAGACCGAGGACAGUGUGCUCAUCCUCAAGCAGAGCAACUUCGAGCAGGGCAUCAAGGACCACAAGCAUGUCUUCGUCAAGUUCUACUCCCCCUGGUGCGGCCACUGCAAGGCCAUGGCGCCCGACUAUGCCAAGGCUGCCAAGCAGCUCGAGGAGGAAGGCUCUGACAUCAAGCUGGCCAAGGUGGACGCCACCGUCGAGAGCCAGCUCGCCGAGCAACACGACGUGCACGGCUACCCGACUCUCAAGUUCUUCCGGAACGGACAGCCGCUCGAGUACAAGGGUGGCCGCACGGCCGAGGAGAUGAUCCGCUGGCUCAAGAAGAAGACCGGACCCUCGGCCCAGCCACUCACUAGCGUGGACGAGGCCAAGACCUUCGUGGACAGUGCUGAGGUCACUGUUGUGGGCUUCUUCAAGGACCAGGAGAGCAAGGAGGCCAAGGAGUUCUUCAAGGCUGCGGAUGCCGUCGACCGGCACGUGUUUGCCAUCACCUCGGACGACGCCAUCUACAAGGAGCUAGGUGCCAACAAGGACGGAGUCAUGCUCUUCAAGAAGUUUGACGAGGGCAAGAACACGCUUGACAAGGAGGUCACCUCUGAGAACAUUCAGACAUUCGUCCAGCUGAACAGCCUGCCCCUGGUUGUGGAGUUCACGCACGAGAGCGCCCAGAACGUGUUCAGCGGCCAGAUUCGCCAGCACAACCUGCUCUUCCUGAGCAAGAAGAGUGCUGACUUCAAGGAAGUUCUGGAGAACUUCAGGGAGGCUGCCGCCGCCUUCAGGCACCAGGUUUUGUUUGUGACCAUCGACGUCGACGACGAAGACCACGAGCGCAUCCUAGAGUUCUUCGGCCUCAAGAAGGACCAGGUGCCGGCCCUGCGUUUCAUCAAGCUCGAGGGCGACAUGACCCGCUUCAAGCCAGAGACUGACUCGCUCAAGUCCGAGGACAUCAAGACCUUCGUCCAGGGCGUGCUGGACGGCACCAUCAAGCAGAGCCUGCUGUCCCAGGACCUUCCGGACGACUGGGACAAGCACCCAGUCAAGGUGGUUGUGCAGAAGAACUUCGACGAGGUUGUCUUCGACAAGACCAAGGACGUGCUGGUGGAGUUCUACGCCCCGUGGUGCGGCCACUGCAAGCAGCUGGCGCCCAUCUACGACGAGCUGGCCGAGAAGUACAAGGACCGCAAGGACGUGCUCAUCGUCAAGAUGGACGCCACGGCCAACGAACUCGAGCACACAAAGGUCGACAGCUUCCCCACCAUCAAGCUGUACAAGAAGGAGACCAAUGCGGUUGUGCAGUACAACGGCGAACGAACGCUCGAGGGACUCUCCAAGUUCAUAGACACCAACGGAGAGUACGGCCAGGCACCUCCUGAGGAGGUUGAAGAGGAAGAAGAGGAGGAAGAGGACAAGGACGACAAGAAGAGGGACGAGCUUUGAGCGGACAAGCUUUGCCAAACACCCCCCCCCCCUACCACCACCCAACCUUUUUCAUCCUUCAGUUCACCCCCCCCCCUCGUAUUUUCUAUUUUCUUUAUGCCGUCGCAUUGUUUAUUUUUUAAGGGGAUAUGCUACUUGAAAAGUGCAAGAUUUUCUUUUUAAUGACACUUUUUUCUUUGUUUUUACUUCAUUUGUCAAGUUAAAUUUCUAUGCCCUCACGGCACUAGAAAUCCUUUUAAACUUUGAUGCCACUUAUAUAUUUAUUACGAAUUUCAAUUAACCAUUUACUGGAGUCUCAAGACUUCCUAGAUUGGAAUUUUUCAUGUUCAUUAACAUAUUAACAAAUCUCUGGGCAAACGUGUCACAUUGUCAUGAUGCAGAGAGAACACUAUGCAAGUUGCUAUAAAACUGAUUACUAGGUGUUUGAAAAUGGCAUAAAAAGUUUUUUUUGCUUUGGGUUAUAUAUCUACAAUUGCUGUUUUUUUUCGAGUAGCAUAUCCGCUUAAUCUCCCUCACAUGUUCAUUAAUUUCAAGCCCCGCGUUGUGCAAUUGUUGUACCUGUUGCUCCAGCCACCUCCCCGUGUUUUUAUUUUUUCAAGAUACCUUCAACGUUGAUACGUUUUUUUGUUUUUUUUUGCUCCUACCUGCUCCGAUCUCCGUUGUUGUCGUCAUCCAAGCGUAUGAGGCAGAGAGGAAAAAUUGCCUCGUCGGUUUUGUGACUUGUCUUCAACGUGACUCUCGAUUAAUGUAAGGAAGGACGCCGUGGAAGACGUAGAAUGGGUGCUUCCGGUCUCGUCGCGAAGCCAAGACAAGCCGCAUGUCGGGCUUCGGCUUUUGUCUCGCAAACCCCCGUCUGCCGGUCGAGCAAGCGUGAGGUGUUGUGGCUUUUGCAAGAAAAAAAAAACUGGAAAAAAAAGUCUUUGCCGUUUGUUCCCAUUUUGCUUUUGUACACACGACUAAAACCUCGUAUCGAUGUUGUGUCGUUUUAUUUUUUAGUUUGAACAGGGACCACUUGCGUGAUAUCGGCUUGCAGUGUUCAACUGUGGCACUUGUGCAAUUCAUUUUUAACAGGUUCCUGAUAAAAAAAAAAAGCGCUAGCUGUGUUCUUGCAGGAGAUUUUUUUUGUCUUAGCGUCGUGUACAAACUUCGUUAAUGGCCCCUCACCACUACGUAUUUAUUUCUAUGCUCGUUAAACUACGGUUGGUGCAUUCUGUAAUUGUUGCCUCACUUUUCUAACUUUUUUUUUCUUCAAAUGCGGUGUUGUGGUCUGAGAAGGCGGGAUUGUGCGAAUGUGGUAAUGUUUCUUCUGGAGGGCACCACCUGUCUUAUUGCGGUGGCCUGUUUUCUUUUUUUUGCAAGAAUGCGUGUGUAUGAGCAGAUGAAUCAUCUGUCCAGAAAAAAAAAUGCGUGGCUGUGGUUGCGCGCACAAUCGUCAUCUGCUGGGCAUUUACCACUCGUCUUGAACACUCGCAGAGGAUGUGUGCUGCAUUCCUGCUGAAAAUAUCUGAAAUAAAAAAAAAAAGUUUCACAA